AUGGUGGCUAAAGAGUUUUAUUACUCAGACCAAGAAGCAGGACAUGAUCAUUCAAAUGAAGAAAGCACUCUGCUGCAUGAUCCAUAUGAUGAAUAUGAAGAAGAAGAAACUCUAUCCCUUUGUGACCUUCCAAUUUACAGCAGUGACAAUUCAUCAAUUUCAGCUCAAUGGGGUGCUGAACUCUCCAAAGAAGAUGGCAAAAACUCAGACUCCAAUAACAAAGAUGAUGAUUUUGAUGACUUCUUCGAGUUCUUCAGUGAAGAAUUCACCACCACUACCCCAUCAACUCUUUCAACUGCAGAUGAAUUAAUCUUUUGUGGCAAACUCAUUCCCUUCAAGGAUCAUCAUCAUCAACAACAUGUUCCCCAGAGAACUUUGAAGAACAGCAACUCGGGUAGACGCAGCAAUAGCCAGAAGGGUUCAGUAGGUCCUCUGUUUCUUCCAAACUCUGUUUCAUCAAAACCAACUUCAAAGGCUGUGAUGAGUGAUGGUAACAACUCAAUGGGGAAGGUGAAGUUGGUGAGGUCCACCACAAAAGCUAGGUGGUUUUUGUUCAUGUUUGGGAUGUCAAAAUUGUCCACCACUGAGAUGCAGCUGCGAGACAUGAGGAACAGGCAGAGUAGGCGGGCGCCGGCGUCCAUGUUUCCGGCUCCGGAGGAAGGGAAAGAGGUGAAGAACAAAGGGAGGAGGAGCUUCAAAGGGAUGUGGAAGAUGUUAACAUCAAUUUCAUUGGUUUUGGGAUGCCACAGUAGUAGGAAGCUUGCAAAUGAUGUAGUAAAGGCUGCUUUUGUGUGA